ACCAUCCUCCCCCUCAUCUCUGAGCACCAAUGGAAUCACCAUCGCUGGCCGUAUCUCUAGCAGCCAUACUAGCAUCCAUCCUCCUCUUCCUCAAAUCCCUUUUCGGUCGCCGCCGCCGUAGCUUAAACCUCCCCCCCGGCCCAAAGCCAUGGCCCAUCAUCGGAAACCUCAACCUCAUCAGCUCCCUCCCCCACCGCUCCCUCCACGCCCUCUCGCAAAAGUACGGCCCCCUCAUUCAUCUUUACUUCGGUUCCUUCCCGGUCAUCGUCGCCGCCUCCGUCGACAUGGCCAAGCUCGUCCUCAAAACCCAUGAUGUCUCCUUCUGCGGCCGGCCCAAGAUCGCCGCCGGCAAGUACACCACCUACAACUACUCCGACAUCACUUGGUCCCAAUACGGGCCAUACUGGCGCCAGGCCCGCAAGAUGUGCAUCAUGGAGCUCUUCAGCGCGAGAAGGCUGGACUCCUAUGAGUACAUAAGAGUGGAGGAGGUCAAGAACCUCCUCCGGGAUCUCUUCAAAUCCUCGGGGAGUCCCGUCAGCCUCAAGGACCACCUCUCGAAUGUUAGUCUCAAUGUCAUAAGCCGAAUGGUGCUGGGAAAGAAGUAUUUGGACAGGUCCGAGGGGGCAAUCGUGUCGCCUGAGGAGUUCAAGGCAAUGCUUGACGAGCUCUUCUUGCUGAACGGCGUCAUGAACAUCGGAGAUUCGAUACCAUGGCUGGAUUUCUUGGACUUGCAAGGGUACAUCAAGAGGAUGAAGAAGAUCAGCAGGAAGUUCGAUAGGUUCCUCGAGCAUGUGCUCGACGAACACAACGAGAGGCGGCGAAGGGAGGGGGAGAAUUUCGUGGCCGUGGACAUGGUUGAUGUUCUUCUGGAGCUCGCCGACGAUCCUAAUUUGGAGGUCAAGCUCGAGAGGCGCGGUGUCAAGGCCUUCACUCAGGACUUGAUCGCCGGUGGCACAGAGAGCUCCGCUGUGACCGUGGAAUGGGCCAUCUCCGAGCUCCUGAAACGACCGGAAAUCUUCAAGAAGGCCACCGAGGAGCUGGACCGGGUUAUCGGAAGGGAUCGGUGGGUCGAGGAGAAGGAGGUGCACAACCUCCCCUACAUCGAGGCUAUCGUGAAGGAGACCAUGAGGAUGCACCCGGUGGCUCCCAUGCUCGUUCCCCGGCUAUCCCGCGAAGACUGCAACAUCGCCGGCUACGACAUCCCGGCCGGGACCCGUGUUUUGGUCAACGUGUGGACCAUCGGGAGGGACCCGACGGUAUGGGAUUCACCGGAGGAGUUCCGGCCGGAGCGGUUCAUCGGGAGCAAGAUAGAUGUGAAGGGGCACGACUUCGAACUUUUGCCAUUCGGAUCCGGGAGGCGGAUGUGCCCUGGGUACAGCCUUGGGCUCAAGGUGAUCCAGGUGAGCCUGGCCAACCUGCUGCAUGGCUUUGCAUGGAGGCUCCCGGAAGGGACGAAGCUGGAGGACCUGAGCAUGGAGGAGAUCUUCGGGUUGUCGACACCGAGGAAGGUGCCACUUGAAGUAGUUGUCGAGCCCAAGCUUCCCGCUCAUCUCUAUGGUGUGUGAUUUUAGGAGAAUAUAUAUAUGUUAGGUUAAUUACAAAUAGAAAUAAAGGUGUCUGUGGUUGAUGGUGUAGUCUCGUGUCAUUAGUGAGGGUGGUGAACCUUGUUUGUUUUUUAAUGUACCGGAGUGUUGGAAUUGCUGAUAGAAGGAAGGUUUGUUACUUAAAAAUGAAAUUUAAAAUUAAAGAUACAUGGUCAA